AAUGAAGGUAGUAUUGAAAUGGCGGAAGUGCUCGGCAGUCGUCUCCGUGGCAACGCCGCGCAAACCGUUGGGAGCCUUGCGAAAAAGCGCGUGUACGUCGCGUCUGAUGCGUAGAGUGAGGAUGCCGAGGAAGGUGAAGAGAGGAGGCGGAGCCUCAGAGGAGGAGGAGGACCUUCAGCAGCAACGUGGGCGGGUGAAGGACCCGCAGGAAACGGGCAGAAAGAGGGAGGAGCUUCUGACGCUCUUCCUGAAGGACAAAGUCGAGCGCGAGGAGAGGAACUCGGCCGUCAACCUUGCGGAGCUGGAGCGCGCCUGGGGUGUGGUCCUGCGUCGGACAAAAUCAGCGGAGCUGCGGCGUGAUAUCAUCAUCCUGCGUCGCACGUUUGAGCGGCAGCUGGACGGCCUGGAUGAUGUCAUCAAGGACACAACGGCAGAAGCGGGGAUCGAACCUGGAACCCUCAAGUUGCUGGCACGGCCGCUCUACCAACCGACCUAUACCGGCGUUACGCCGCUGCCGUCUUUACUACUGACGGGGUGCCGUUUCCUGUUUGUACGGCAGAGCUUGACAUGUGACCUGCAGCAGGCGGAGCAGCAGUCGGCUCAGGUGCGCCGCCGCCACCUGCAGCACGUGGAGCGCAUGCGAGACCUGCAGGACGAGCGGCGAGCGUUCGUGCGGCGUCGCUGGGAGGGGAGUCUGCGGCGCAUUAGUGCCGGAUUCAUGGCGGAAAGGAGCGACACGGCGGAAGAGGCGCAGCGGCGGCAGGUGCGUCUGGAGGACACGGCGUUCUCGUUGGACUCGCAGCACCAGGACGUGAUGCGGGCCGUGCGUCAGGUGUACGGCGAGAGCAUGGCGGCUUGGCGGAGCGCCCAGCAGGACCGGGUAAUACCGUCGUGCAUUCCCGGGCUGCGCCCUUGCCGUCAGCUCACCUGCUGCGGCUUCUACCCCCAGGUGGCGGCGCUGCGUGGCGCCGACGCGGAGAAGCUGGCAGAGAAGCGUCGUCAAAUGCAGGAAGAGGUGGAAGCGUGCGGCUCCGCCCUCGGCCUGAUGUCCAGGAACCAGCGUCUGGUCCACAUGACCGACGUGGACGUGAAGCGAGUGCGGCGGCUGCAGAGCGCUGUCAUCAGCCUGCGGACCAAGCUCGGCUCCUUCGAGACAUCGACGGCGUGGGAGGCGGGCGGCAUGGCGGCAGCGAAGGCGGAAUUGAAUGAAAAAAGCGGCAAGCUUCGGGAUCACCUGGCCAGAGCACGCCAGGCUGCGAGGAAGCAGCUCGCUGACCUCGCGCUCCAAAGUGACACCGCCGCCAAUAAACUGCAGAUGGUGAUCGGCAAGGGCGAGAAGGUUCUACACGCCGCCAUGGUGUGUCACAAGCUGGAAGACACUUUAUCGCCAUCACCACGGGGUGCUGACAGCCAGUGGCCGGCGCAGCCAACAGCAACAGUUACAUCUCACAUCCUGUCGCAACGUGGCGAGGGCGUCAUUAACCCGUCUUCGUCCCCGCAGACGUUCCCUGAGGUGCGUCAACUGACUCGCCGCCUUAACAGUGCUCUGCUUCUGCGAGACGCUCUGGCCAAUCACCAAGAGGCGCUGCGGCGAGACAACCAACAGCUAAGGCUCCUCCUGCGCCGCCGUCUCGACAACAUGAGGGUCGGCGACAACAGCGGCGGCGCCCUUCACGGAAGCCACGCCCCGCUGUCUGUCAAAGCCGCACUAACAACGGCGAGCCCCCCCUUUGGCGCUGGACGUCCCACGGUCAUCGAGGCGGCCCUCGCCGCCAAACACCUGCUGUGACAGGAAGAGACGCUGAAGAUGCGCCGCUUCCUGCCAAUCCAAAGUAGAAACUUAAGUUGGAAGACUAGAAAAAAUACUUUUAUUGUGGUAAUCAUGCAGGACACCGACAGGAAGUAGUAGUAACACGUUACGUCGUAAACGUCAGCUGCUUCAGUUAAAAACUCAAGGUGAAAGGAAACUUCCUUAUAAGGACAUUAAAAAAGCAGCGUGGCUCCUCCCCCAGGGGGCGGAGCUUGUCAGGCCGCAGCCUUCGUUGUAAAAACAAUAAAUAAAAAGAUUCACUGGCAGGUGAG